GCUCGCUCCCUCCUCCGCGCCCGGCGCCUCCCGCUCGCGUCCGGCUCAUUCCGCACAUUCCGGCGGCCCCCCAGCAGCCUCCCCGCGACCCUCCCCGCGCCCCCGCCCCGCGCCCCCGCCCGCGGCCCGCAGCGCCCGGAGCCCCGCCAGUCCGAGCAGGCUGCCCGGUGGGCUCAGGCCCAGAGUCCAGAGUAACCAGCACAAUAGCGUCCAACAGCUGGACCGCCAGCAGCAGCCCCGGGGACGCCCGGGAGGAUGGGCCCGAGGGCCUGGACAAGGGGCUGGACAACGAUGCCGAGGGCGUGUGGAGCUCGGACAUCGAGCAGAGCUUCCAGGAGGCGCUGGCCAUCUACCCGCCCUGCGGCCGCCGCAAGAUCAUCCUGUCGGAGGAGGGCAAGAUGUACGGCCGGAACGAGCUGAUCGCGCGCUACAUUAAGAUGAGGACGGGGAAGACCCGGACGAGAAAGCAGGUGUCCAGCCACAUACAGGUUCUAGCGCGGAAGAAGGUGCGCGAGUACCAGGUUGGCAUCAAGGUCUCUAGCCACUUGCAGGUUCUAGCCAGGCGGAAAUCUCGGGAGAUUCAGUCCAAGCUGAAGGCCAUGAACCUGGACCAAGUCUCCAAGGACAAAGCCCUCCAGAGCAUGGCGUCCAUGUCCUCCGCCCAGAUCGUCUCCGCCAGCAUACAGAACAAGUUCAGCCCGCCCUCCCCCCUGCCCCAGGCCGUCUUCUCCGCUUCCUCGCGGUUCUGGAACAGCCCCGCUCUCCUGGGACAGCAGCCCGGACCCUCUCAGGACAUCAAGCCCUUCGCACAGCCAGCCUACCCCAUCCAGCCGCCCCUGCCGCCGCCGCUCAGCAGCUACGAGCCGCUGGCCCCGCUGCCCCCCGCCGUCCCGGCGCCCGCCUGGCAGGACCGCACCAUCGCCUCCUCGCGCCUGCGGCUGCUCGAGUACUCCGCCUUCAUGGAGGUGCAGCGCGACCCCGACACGUACAGCAAACACCUGUUUGUGCACAUCGGCCAGACCAACCCCGCCUUCUCGGACCCGCCGCUGGAGGCCGUGGACGUGCGGCAGAUCUACGACAAGUUCCCCGAGAAGAAGGGCGGCCUGAAGGAGCUCUACGAGAAAGGGCCCCCCAACGCCUUCUUCCUCGUCAAGUUCUGGGCCGACCUCAACAGCACCAUCCAGGAGGGCCCGGGCGCCUUCUACGGGGUCAGCUCCCAGUACAGCUCCGCCGACAGCAUGACCAUCAGCGUGUCCACCAAGGUGUGCUCCUUCGGCAAGCAGGUGGUGGAGAAGGUGGAGACGGAGUACGCGCAGCUGGAGAACGGGCGCUUCGUGUACCGCAUCCACCGCUCGCCCAUGUGUGAGUACAUGAUCAACUUCAUCCACAAGCUCAAGCACCUGCCGGAGAAGUACAUGAUGAACAGCGUGCUGGAGAACUUCACCAUCCUGCAGGUGGUCACCAGCCGCGACUCCCAGGAGACCCUGCUCGUCAUCGCUUUCGUCUUCGAAGUCUCCACCAGCGAGCACGGGGCCCAGCACCACGUCUACAAGCUCGUCAAAGACUAGGGCGCCCUCUGCCCCGCCACCAGCACCCAGGAUGCGCCUCACACACCUGCCUGGCGCCCGGGUCCAGGACUGAGGCUCCAUCGCCUGCCAGGCCUCGGCCCGGGCCAGGAGGCCCCCACCACACCAGCACACACCCGCCACCCAUCUGCGCUUUAGCUGUGGGAGAGGGAGGGGUCGGCGGUGGGGCAGCCGGCCUGGGUCGCCAAGCCACCAUCACUUAGGUCCGCCAGCCCCAGCGGGAGGACACCUCUGGCUCAGGAGUGUGGCCGCUGGCCCCUCGGAGCGGGGGCGGGGGCGGGGGCGGGAGGCGGGAGGCGGGGCGGAGUGCGCAGGCCAGGAAGGAGUGUGGAGCUGGGUUGCUGAGAGGAGAGAGGAGAGAGGCCCACACUGUCUGCACCUGCCACGUGCCAGGCCCCUGCGUGCCUCCUGCACCCUCUGACCCGCAAAGCAAGCGUGGGUCACAGAUGAGGAGUGGGGGGGAUGGGGGGCAGAGAUGGAGUUCUCACUAGGGCUGCCUGUCCCAAGCCCAGUUUACACGCCUCCCUGCCUGGGACCGGCCCCAGACUGGAGGGACACUACACUGAGGGGCUGGGUGGGGGUCCCCGACACGGGAGCAGCUGCCUCUGACCAGCAGGGAGGGGAGCAGCAGUACUCGGCACCCGCUGUCAGCCCCCCAUCCAGCCAGGGCCCGGGAGGGAGCCCCGCCCCCCCACCCCCCCCCCAGCGGCCCUGGCCCGAUCCUCGCCAAGCUCCCCCGCAGCCACCUCGUGGGGGAGGCCCCAGGGCAGGUCCUGGCUCCAGACGGGUCAGGCUGGGAGGUGGAGCCCAGCCUCUGGGCAGACCUGGCCCGGGCACGCGAGGCAGCGCGGGCUCUGGCAUUUCCUCUUGCCCAAGUGACCCCUCGGCGGUGCCACCACCUGUCUCCCGUGCCAGUCUCCCCGCCGGAGCAGCGCCCAGUCCUCGCUCUGGGCCGAAGGUUAACCCUGCCACUGCCUCUUCCCCACGCCCGGCCCUCAGCGCCCGGCCUCCGGGCAUCCAUGAGUUUCAUAUGAAGUACUGUGCCCUCCCCUCCCCUGCCGCCCGCCCGCCCCUGAGCUUCCCGAAGGUUCUCACCGUUUGCAUAUCGCUCAGGCCACCUCCAAACCCGACCUAGGUUUUGUAAUGUAUAUUAUAUAUAUUUUUGUGUACUUUUUAAAUCCAGCUGUGAUGGGUUGUAUCAUAAAUGUGGUUGUAUCAAAAGUAGGGCUGGGGCAGGCGCCUCAGGGCCUACUCAGAAAGAGAAAUUAAAGUUAUUUGUUUGUGGGU